UUUAAAUAGAAAAGUCGAGGAUCUGAAGCCAAACAAGUUGUUGUCGUUAUAUUAACAUACAGUUUUAUAGAAAACUUCAUCCAAGAGUCGAGUGAAUUUUUCAUUGAUUCGCUCCCGUUCAAUCAGCACAUUGAACAUCAAUAAAACUGAAGCAAUAUUUCUAAGCUGAAACAAUUCGAUUGUUUGCUAAUGGACCAACACGAACUGUCAACAAGUAACACCUUCCUGUCAACAAGUGACACCUUUACCACCUAUGCAACAGAGUUUUAUGAACGGUCUUUCGGUGAUGGCUUCAUCAUUGGAUUCGGUAUUUUGGUGUUUUUACUUAUGAUAUUUGGAAUUUUAUCAAACAGCUUGGUAGUUAUUGUGAUUCAACGAACACGAGAAUUAAAAAAGUCUCACUUCAUGACUAUUAUUUGUUCUCUUUGCAUCUCCGAUUUGAUGUCUGCAAUGAUCAGUCCAUUUUUCUGGUAUCGAAGAUCAUUGGGUUAUGACAUUUGGAAUCUGCCAAACUUCUUCUGUGAGCUAUUUUGGGCGGUUGAUAUCAUGACAUCAUUGUCAACAUCUAUGCAUGUACUGAGUUUUGCUAUUCUACGAUACAUUGCUAUUCAACACCAUUCUACGUUUGUAAAAGUCUCAUCCAAAAUAGUCAAUAUUUGGAUUGCCUGCAUCUGGCUGAUUGCAUUUAGCUGUGGCUUCAUUCCAUACUUCAUUUUUUUCGAAGCUGAUCCAGGCGUUGAGAGAAAAAAAUCGGAGCAUUCUUGGCCAGCAUGUACAUUAAAACUUGACUGGCUCAAGAGUUACAACAUCUACGUCGUAGUCGGCUUUACUGUUUUCUUUUUUGUGCCGAUGAUUCUUAUUGUUGUGAUGUCCAUUUUAAUUGCUCAUGCGGUUCACGUGCACUCCGUUACGUAUGUGGUUACCAACGACCAAUCUCUCGAUAGAAGGAUGAAAAAGAAGAAACAAGCAGUUUUACAAUUAGUUCUUAUUGUAGUGUUAUUUUUUACAGGAUAUAUACCAUAUGUUAGUUACGAAACCUGGUCAAGACAUCACCGCAAAGCUGAUGCUGCUAUUGACCACUGGUUUUGCAUAGCGCAGUACUUGUUUUUGAGAGCAUCAGAAUGUUUGAACCCCGUGGUUUACUGUCUCAGUUCUUCAAAAAUGCGCAAACACAUCGGAGUAUUCUUACAGAAAACUUGUGCAUUCUCAACAUCCAAUAUUAAUACAUCUACUUCAACACCAGGAAGUUCGACAUCACGUUGGGGGGAACAAAAAUCUCGUACUGCAGUAUUUAAGAACAAAUUUCUGCCGGUUCGAGAUAAAAAUUAAAACAAUAAUAUUGAAUGUGAUCAAUACGUCUAAACGUAUAAGUCAACUCAAUUUGAUAAAAUCCAGCAUUCAAAACUGACAAACAGCCCGAUUUAAUUUGGAGGAAUCCGAUCACGUUAAAAAGACGGAAGUGUUAUAUUAAACUUAUGGAACUAAUGGCAUGUUGCUCCACAUUGAAUGCGCAUUUAUCGUUAUUUAUCCUUGCCUUGGUUGAUAGAAUGACAAAUGUGUUUUUUAAAUUUUUUUGAAAUAAAUUAAUCAGGCAAGGAGGUAAAAAUUACAGCUUAAGAUCACCAUUUUGAUAAUUAACAAAAAGCAAAAGUGUGAAAAAAUGCUAAACUGUAUUCCGUGCAUUGCUCCAAAUUACAUUAUAGUAUUGCUUACGUAUAGUAUUAUUACUAAUAUUUAUUCUUUAUUCUUUACUCAUGUAUCGUUUGCCUGAAAAG